AUGGAGAAACCAUUUAUACAGGCAAAUGCUUCCAUUGCUCUCUCCUUCACAGUUUGCUGGGCGUUGGAGGGCCCCAAGACAGUGACUGGCCCCCUGGGUGGCUCAGUGACUGUGCAUUGCCAAUACAAGCAAGGCCACGAAGAAUCCAUCAAGUUCUGGUGCAAAGAAGCAAGACGUCGAUUCUGUGCUAGUAGUCACAUUAUCCGAACAUCUGGGUCGGAGGCAGAGGUGAAGGGGAACGGGAGCUCCAUCCAAGACAGCCACACACUCCGUGUAUUCAGGGUGACCAUGGAGAGCCUCACCAGUGCAGAUGCUGGGACCUACCUCUGUGGGGUGGAGAAAACUGGAGCGUUUGACAUCUGGUUCCCUGUGGACGUGAUCAUUACUGCAGAUUCUGCUGCCUCGAGUCAUACUGGAACCAAGGAACAACCAACAGAAGACCCAAGUAAAACUGGCUUCUCCACCGUAACUCCUGAAAGAAUUCAGCCCAGCAAUGACCAGUUCCUGCUCCUGCUCUUCUUGAAAAUUUCUGUCCUCUCAGUCCUGAUAGCUAUUGUGGUUUGGGUGCAUGCAUGUUACAGGACAAAAAGCAGCUCUAAUAUGAAGGCUGUAAAGACACGAGGCGCUUCGGAUGAUCACGUCAAAGGCCUAGGAGUGGAUCGCAGCAUAAACUCCACCCUACAACUCAGUGUACAGAAGCUGUGAGACUAUUUAGUGGACCAAACUGUCCUCUCUGUUAUUACGGAUUUGGCUUCAGGGCAACUGUAUUCCUCUGGGACUGAACCACCGUGAGAGGGAAGUAAAACACCAGCUCACCAUAACUGCACUUCAUCAAAGUUGGGCAACAGGAUCCUGAAAUUCUGAAGAGGUUAAUCGCUGAUCAGGAGGAAAAGGAGGAAAAUUUAUGUAUCACUUUAAAACUAGUGUUCCGAAAAUGGUUUACAUAGAUAGAAAUAAAUAAAUAAAAAUGGCUCCCUAUCCCCAAAGGGCUCACAGUCUAAAAAAGAAAUACGGGAUAGGACAGACACUAGCAACAGCUACUGGAGAGAUGCUGUGCUGGGGAUGGAUAGGGCCAGCUGCUCCCCACUGCUAAAUAAAGAGAAUCACAAUCUUUAAAAGGUUAAAUAUGAGGAGGCUCAUAUUGGAAUAAGUGUGACCAAGUAAUUAGCAGAGG